GGUUGUGUGUUUUAUCUGCUAUGGUUGCGCUUUAUCUGCUUUCUUCGUAGGUUGUGUGUUUUGCGAACCACAUAUUUCUCUGGUAUUGAUGAUUUCAUUCCUGUUAGUGGAGGUCUAUCUUCCAUACUUCUUCUUCAUAAUGUCUAAACUGUGUGUUUAAGCAUUUUUGAAUGCCCUGAGUCAGUAUUGGUGGCUUUGGGACAAAGGAAUUAUGCUGUAGUUGAGCUUGAGCAGGAUGUAGCACCUUGAAGGCUUAGUUAAUCAAAGUUGAUUUAUCGUAUGCCAUGGGCUGUAUGGUUUGGCAGUUGGGAUAGAGUAACUCAUCUCCUGCACAGGAAAUUUGUAGUACGGCCUCAUUCGGGUGGUUCUAUUUCAUUCUUACUUUAUUGUGAAGGCGGACAAUCUUUUCAUUUUUAGGAAGGUACUAAAAGAAUAUCAGGAUGUUUUUGUGUACCUUUAAGCUUCUGGGUUUGAAGUAGAUUUUUCAGGUGCUGAUAAUUUUAGUAUUGUCAUAGUUGGUGAUUGAUGACAGUUGACACUAUUUUUUUUUUUUCCAUGUGGUCUCUAUUUACCUCCCUUAAGCAAUUUUUGUUCAAGGAUGGGAUCAGUUUUUUCUGACUUCUGAAUCAGGCAAAGAAAUAAAUGCAACUCUCCCCUACCUCCUCUUCUCUUAGUUAGUUCUUUAUUUUCAUUUUUAGAGAAAAAUGGAAAUGAUCGGACCAGCCUGAAAACCAGGUUGAUCCAAACAGCCAUCUGGUUAUAGGAGCCAUCCAAGGGCGUCAAUGGAUAAGCAAAAGUUUUAUUUUGUUUUUCUGUUCACCAGUGUUUUAUUGUUGGCUAUAGUACUGAUUAUUUACUAUGUUGCAAGCAGUCUCUUUGCCAAUGUCGGUAGGUUCUAUUUUACUGAUUUGCCAAUUGUUUAUUAGUCGAUUAUCAGGAUAUGCAUUUCUAGUCAUCCGAGUGAUAGCCAAAAGCUUAGUUGUCAAGAACUCAAAUCCAUUUUAAGUCAAUAGUAAUUCCUUUUUAUUUUUUUCUUCUUUAAGGGUGGAAUCAUAAUAAUGAUAUUAGUCAUCAUAACAACUCAACAUAUAUUUAAAAAGUUUAUGUUUAUGCUUUUAUACUCGGGUCUUAUAAUUAGAUCUUACAAUUUAAUCCUUCGAUUCAAGGUGGGUGAAUAAAUAUUUAAUCGAGAACCAUCUUAAUGGUAUCGAUCUUAAAAAUUUUAGUCAAUGAAUCACCCAUUAAAUUUUGGUUCAAACUUCAAUGAUAUUGAUCCAGGGCGAUCAGUGGUCGACCUGGAACGUUACACAUUUUCUUUUAUCAUAAAGAUAUUGUUCUUGGCUUCUGGGUGACCAAGCUUAUCUGACUGUGAGUCAGUGGAUGAAGUUUGAGACAAGUAAACUGCACGACAGAUCUGUCAUUUUCGGGUGGUUCAACGUAUAUAAUAUGUUUUUCUUUUUUUGGACAAUUUCCCUUAGUAUAUAUAAUCUGACUACGUGGCUGGCUAAUUUUCUGGUGGUUCAACAUAUAUAAUCUGAUGCGCUACUCAACGACUGGCUUGCAAUUUCCUUUAGUUGAUAAUAUAUUGACUACGUGGCUUAAUUCUAUUUGCUAGCUUUCCAUAUCUCCUCUCAUCUGGAUAAAACGCAAUUGCCACGGCCACAGGCAUCAAGAACUGUGAACUAAAUGGAGCCAGAUAAUUGUAAUAUACAAAGAAAAUUCGUUGAAUUGAGGGAGAGGGUUGCCAUUUGACAUCGUUUUGUUUCUGUUUUUAUACAACCUAUCCAUGGCUUCAACUCUUACCUCCAAUUCAUUUCUCAUAACCACCACACCCCAGUCUAGGCUAACCCUCAAGAACCCAAAAUUCACUGUGUUUGCCAAAAGGUCCGUUCCCUUCUCUCCAUUUCAGCUUGGAAAAGCUAAAGAUAAUCCUGAAGAAGGCCAAGCUGAAGAUUCAGGCAAUUCUAGUCCUUUCAGUUUCAAUUUCGGUAAGGUACUUGAUGUGAAAACUUUGGUCCCAGUUGUAAGUAAACCUUCCACGGGUUUAUCGUUUGGGAACCUAAGAAGAAAAGAUCCAAACACUGUCUUUGUUGCGGGUGCAACCGGGCAGGCAGGCAUUCGCAUUGCACAGACGUUAUUGCGCCAGGGUUUCACUGUUCGGGCUGGUGUGCCUGAGCUUGCUGCUGCCCAGGAGCUAGCUCGUCUUGCUGCCAAAUACAAGAUCAUAUCGAACGAACAAUCAAAACGCCUCAAUGCAGUAGAAUCCACCUUCCAAGAUGCAGAAUCAAUAGCCAAAGCAAUUGGCAAUGCCAGCAAAGUUGUCGUCACUAUAGGCCCUGGUGAAAACGGUCCCACUUCUGAGGUCUCCGCAUCAGACGCCUUACAAGUGAUUGAAGCUGCUCAACUAGCCGGUGUAAGCCAUGUGGCAAUAGUCUAUGAUGGUAACCCAGCUGGUUCUUCAACUUUUAAUGUGCUUGAUGGGAUCACAUCAUUCUUCACGAACCUCUUCUCUCAAUCUCAACCGUUGAGUCUCUGUGAAUUCUCAAAAAUAAUCGAAACUGGCAUUAGCUACACAUUCUUAAAGGCAAACCUGACAGAAGAUUAUUCGGCAGAGAGCUCUUACAAUGUGGUGGUGUCAGCCGAAGGAAGCAUUGGUGCAAACGACUACAAAGUUGCAAAAUCUCAGAUAGCAUCUCUGGUGGCAGAUGUUUUCUCCAACACAGCAGUGGCAGAAAACAAGGUUGUGGAAGUUUUUACGAGCCCAUCAACUCCAUCGAAGGGUGUAGAUGAGCUUUUCAGUGCUAUUCCCGAGGAUGGAAGAAGGAAGGCCUAUGCAGAAGCUCUUGCAAAGGCUAAAGCUGAAGAAGAGGCAAAAGUAGCUGCCGAGAAAGUUCGUAAAGCAGCUGAUGCAGCAAAAAAGCUGGAAGAGGAAGUGAAAAAGCUUUCAGAGCAAGAAGCCAGGGCUGCUAGUCUAGCUGAAGAAGCCCAAGAGAAAGCAGAGGCCGCAGGGGUGUCGAUGGAAGGCCUCUUGAGUCAAGCAAAAGACUUCAGUGCAGGACUUUCUUGGGAAAAAUUCAGUUCCCAGAUAGCAACUGCAGCUCAAAAGGCUUCCAAUAUGGAGAAGCCUAAAGUGCAGAUUGCCACUGUGAGGGGACGAGCUAAGGCUAGAACGCUACCGUCCAAGAAAGCUGUUGUUAAGCAAGCUCCCAUAUCUUUUUUUCCAAAGCCAAAGGAGGCACCAAAACCUAAGGCAAAAGAGACAGAGAAGGCAGAAGUGAGAAAGGUUUUUGGCGGCUUCUUUCAGCAAGAAACCAUAUAUGUCGAUGAUGACUGAGACACAAUAAUUUGCAGCCAAUAUCUUUCCCAGUCUUUCGUAUGAUUUUUAUGCAAAUGUGGUUUAAUAUUUGUAUAAUUAUUGUUGGAGGUAUUAUGAGUCUAAGAAACAUUCAUUGGCUUAAGGCUAUGUUAAUUACUUUGUCCAAAUGUGAAAAAUAAUUUUCAUAUUUUUGGUAAAUAUUAAGCAA